GUGUUGUUUUUUUUUACUGAAACACAGAAAGUUCAGCUUGUUUUCAGCUUCUUCAGCUGUGGUUCAGCUGCAGCUUCACUUUCUGCUCUUUGUGCAGUGAUGUCUGAGUCUGAACGUGCAGCAGCAGCAGGAGGAGGUGAGGCGUCCGAGCGGAUCAGUGGGAUUACAGUGAACAGAAGCAGCAGCUCAGCUGACGGAUCAGAAGCAGGUUCAGACCUUCUGUCAGCUUCACUCACCUGCAGCAGCCGGAGAGCCCAGGAGCAAGGUACUGAGCUAAAGUCUGCUGUGGUAGUAUCUGAGAGUGAUCCACAACACAAACUCUGAGCUCUGGAUGAUGCUGAACGAUCGGUGGACCAUCAUGAACAACAGCAGCUCAGAGCUGGACACCAAACGGCCCCAACGUAAGAGGUGCCGCAGGUUCUUAUUAUGGUCUGUUGUUGUUGUGGUUGUCACGGCAGCCAUCGUCACAUCAACAGUUGUCAUUCUCUACCUGAACCACUACCCUCUGCCCUUCAUCAGCAGGGGCGGAGUUUCCUCACCUGUGGUUUCCACCAACACCAAAGACUCCGGGGCCUUGGUGACGGUGUCCCGCGCUGCAGACGGGGAACCAAUCAGCAUCUUCCUGGACCCGAACUGUCCGGACUUCACGGAGCACUUCCUGCGGUGGGAGGCGCUUCAGAGCUCUCUGCUGCGCACGCUGACCAAUCAUAACACGGAGGAGUGGCAGGAGAGGGGGCUGGUCCAGAAGCUCACAGAUGAACUGAAAGUGUUGACAGGCCACGCCCACAACCUGAGGCUUGAAGACGAUUCGCUGAAAAGAGGUCAAGGUGUUCUGGACCAACGGAUGACUGAGCUGCAGGGUGAACAGAGCCGCAUCAUCCAGGUGUUGUCUGAAAACCACGCAGGUGUGCUGAAGCUGGCCGAAGGUUUCAGGGAUUCACUGGUCAGCUUGAAGCAGGAGACUGAGAGUUUGAGGAAGCUGAAGAGUGAACUGGGCCGAGAACUCACAAAUACAGCUGUCCGACCAAAAGACUGCAGCGACAUCCUGGCGUCCGGCGUCUCUCAGGAUGGAGUUUAUUCUGUGUUUCCGACUCAUGACCCCAACGGAUUCAUGGUUUACUGCGACAUGAGCACCGAGGGAGGAGGCUGGACGGUGAUUCAGAGGAGGGAGGACGGCUCAGUUAACUUCUUCAGAGGCUGGGAGGCCUACAGAGAUGGCUUUGGGACCAUCACAGGAGAGCACUGGCUGGGUCUGCAGAGGAUCUACGCCCUCACCAGGUCCGGUGGUUUCGAGUUACGUAUCGACAUGGCUGACUUUGACAACGCCACAGCGUUCGCUCAGUACUCCGAGUUUUCUGUGGGACGAGACUCAGUAAACCCAGAGGAGGAUGGGUACCCACUGACUGUGGACGGGUACUCUGGGACAGCAGGGGACUCCCUUCUGAAGCACUCUGGGAUGAGGUUCACCACCAAAGACCGGGACCAGGACCAGUCCGAGAACAACUGUGCGGCUUACUAUCAGGGGGCGUGGUGGUACCGGAACUGCCACACCUCCAACCUAAACGGGCAGUACCUGAGAGGAGGCCACGCCUCCUAUGCUGACGGCGUGGAGUGGUCCAGCUGGACCGGCUGGCAGUACUCCCUCAGGUUCACUGAGAUGAAGAUACGACCCAGAACUCCAGAGUCCUGAACCACGAACAUCUGAACCUCUGCAGUCCAGGAAGAGCUCUCUGGUCCUCUACCCAGUUUUUCUUUAUCAGGAUCCAAACUAACCAUACGGUGAACGGGUUCUGCUGCUCCCAACCUGUGGAACAGUUUUUAUACGAGGACCUCUGAGACCGUUAAGACUUAAAAACCCAUCUUUGCUUUUCAAAGAGCCUGAGACCCGAUGGAGCCGAUGGUUUUUCUGUUUUAUUUUAGUUGUUUGAAUGUUUGCUAUGCUGUGUUUUGUUUCUGUUUUUAAUGUGCUGAAGAAAUAAAAUGUACACAGACUCAACCUUUGACCCAGACCUGAGCAGAACUGGUCUCCAGGUUCUGUCCUGCACCUGGACAGACUCAUCUGUCUGAUAACACCUAAUGGACCAGUUCCUGCUCACUCAUGAUUGGUUGUUGUAGAUCUGAGUCUUUAAUAUUAAAGCAUUUUCAACUAAAA